CUGACGCCAUUUUCAAAACAACCACGCUUUAUUACGCGCAUCAAAAUUGUCUCCGAAGUUUAAAUAAAGAGGCGACUCUUUUGAAUCUUUCGAGGAUGCUGGAGUUGCCUAACUACAGCAGUCAGCUGAUGCAGCAGCUAUGGGCCCUGAGGAAUGGAAAGCACUUCUGUGACUGUACUGUGCUUGUUGGAGACAGUCCACAUCGUGCUCACAAGCUGGUGCUGGCUGCUUCCAGCAUGCUUUUCAGGUCUCUACUGGCCAUCUCAGACACCAUCUCUAUUGACACUGCUGUAGUGUCCUCUCAGGAGUUCAGCUGUCUGCUGAACAUGGUCUACACAGGGAAGCUGCCCCUGGGCAAACACAAUGUAAGCCGCAUUAUCGCAGCCGCAGAUAACCUACAGAUGUUUGAUGUGGCUAUUGGUUUUAAAAAAGUACUGAGUACCAUUGUGAACCCACAACCCUCACUCCCGGAUGGUACGGAUCAAAGUUCAUCACAGGACGAGAUGAAAAUGGACUGUAGUGAUAGUUCCACUACACCAAAAGAUCUGCCAAAUUAUGAGUUGCCCAGUGAAACAAAGUCACCCAGUGAGAAGCUUUUACUCAUAAAAAAGAAUAAAGAAGAAGACCAGAAGGAUCCAGGCCAGAGAGUGGUCUCAGAUCCUAUUUUAGAAACAGGGUUUGGAGAAACAUUGAAAAAGGACACAGAGGAUGAAGCAUCUUUAGAACAACAUCAUGACGCAGUCCUCAAAGUUCUGGAACACUUCCCUGUAAUCAGCGAGCUACUAAACAAGCUGCCCAACAUCCAGGAGCUACUCAGUCAGGCAGCAGAGAGCCUGGACAAACAGGACAACCAGGUUGUGAUUACGUGCUGUGAAAAGGCAGAUACUUACAAAGUUGUGGAGGUGUUGUUGUCACACGUGGAGAAAGGUGUACUGAGUGAGGCAUCAUUCAUCCGUCUGCUCAAGGCUGUCCACCUAAACACUCCCUUACUACCCACUCAACUGCAGAGCCUUCUCCAGCAACUAGAGAAUGACACAGCUCAAACAGCUGCACCAAAUCAACUCAAAGAUUCCAACCAAAGAAGUAGUGAGGCUGAAGACACAAAGGAGGAGGACAGAAGGGAGGAGGAUACAAAGGAGGACACAAAGGAGGAGAACAGCAUCACUGAAGACAGCGACGACUAUGAAGUAAAAGAGAAGCCUUCAUCUGCCUCCUCCCGAAAUUCUUCCACCUCAAAGAAAUUCACCUGCCGCACGUGUAAAAGAACGUUUGACUAUAAGUGCAGACUAAAGGCCCACAUGAAGCGCUGUUUCAAGUCCAAAAGGCCCCAAUAUCAGUGCCCACAGUGCCCUGAGAAGCUGUCCACCAACCAGGCUCUGAUGCACCACCAGAUUCAAGUGCACAAGUUCCCCAUCAAGAAGAAAGUGGAAUGUGAGCUUUGCGGGCGCAAGUUUGCCCACCCCUCAGGAAUGAUAUACCACAUGCGGAGUGAACAUUUUGAAGAGAAGCCAUUUUCCUGCAAAGAAUGUGGUACAAAGUUUGCGGCCAAGUCGUCCCUGAAGAACCACAUGCGUCUGCAUACUGGAGAAAAGCCUUACAGUUGUAAGGAGUGUGAGAUGAGCUUCGCUGUAGCAGCGGGCUUAGCCUACCACAUCAAGAAGAAACAUGCACAGGGGAAGAUGUAUGCUUGUCAGUACUGUAAAGCUGCAUUUGCCCAGUCCAUCGAGCUGACACGACAUGUGCGGACUCACACAGGAGACCGACCAUAUGUAUGUCGAGAGUGUGGGAAAGGCUACUGCCAGGCCAAGGGACUGACUGACCACCUGCAGACUGCACACAAUUCAGGGGAACAACAUGACUGUCAGAAGUGCUGCUUGAGCUUUACCUCUCUGACUGAGCAUCAACAGCACAUUCAAGAAGUACACCCCAGCGAGUUCCACCAGUGUCCUGAGUGUGAGAAAGUCUUUCCCACCGUAUCUCUAUUAAACAAGCACAAAAGUACCCAUUUUGGGAGUAAACUGUUCAGCUGCGACCUGUGCAACAAGUCAUACCAGCAACUCUCAGGUCUUUGGUACCACAACCGCACCACGCACCCGGAGUUAUUCAGCAACCACACCCGACAGCUCAAAGCCCUGGUGCAGUGCAACAUCUGCUUCAAGUUCUUCCCCAAUGAUGAAAGUCUGGCCCAACACCAAGCCAUUGAGCAUGAAGGCUCGUCAGGCUCCGCCCUCAGGUGUCCCUUCUGCCCUGCUGCGUUUGCAGGACAGGAAUGGAUGCAGGAGCAUAUCAGCACUCACCACGCUGAGCAGAGUGAGACCAUGUGUCUGCCAUGUCUGGAGCUUUAUGCCACUGCACAGGAGCUACAAGACCACAUGCUCACAGUGCACAUGAAGGAUCAGGAGAGGCAAGCGGAGCAAGAGGAGGAGGCACCCACAAUGGAGGUCCCAGCUGAAGCCAAACCAGUUACUAGGGAAGAAGCAGAGCAGAUGAGGGAAGCAGAGUGUCUCCAGGAGGCCGAGGCGACCACUGCAGCAGAUCUUGUGCGGAGUCAGGGCCAGUCCCACCUAGAGAGUGCUGAGCAGGUGUUUGUGGCUCUGGCAGAUGGACAAGGUUCUUCGGUGGUGGAGGUGAGUAUGUUUGACCUGCUCAACAACUCCGUCACCUUCAUCUGUGAGGAGGGCAGACCAGGCACCAGCACCCAAACCUGAUCGGACACUUACCAUGUCACCAUCAAGCACCCUCUUAUUUUUUACUUUGAGAUUUCCUUGUCAAUUGGGCCUUGAUAGGA